CUUCCAUCGUCAACAGCCAGUUCACCCAGUGAACUAGAUCAUCAGACCUGCCGGGGUAGCUCAAUCGGUAGAGCGUGUGGCUCUUAUCAUCCUGAUAAAGUACAACCUCAAGGUCGCGGGUUCGAGCCCCGCCUUCGGCUAUUCCUAAAAACCAGUUGA